UCCGUCUAUUCCGCCUCGGCAUGGCCGCUUUAGGAACCGUGCUCUCGAGUGUCCGGAGGCUGCACCGCAGCGCGGCGGCUUGGGCGGGCAGCCAGUGGCGACUCCAGCAGGGCCUGGCUGCCAACCCCUCCGGCUACGGGCCCCUUACGGAACUCCCAGACUGGUCAUACGCGGAUGGUCGCCCUGCUCCCCCAACGAAAGGCCAGCUUCGGAGAAAAGCUGAAAGGGAGAAGUUUGCAGUAAGUGAGACGAGUCGUACUGCUGUCACAGGAAAUGGAUGCCGGAUUACAGGCAUGGCAGCUCAGGCAGCAGGAGAAGUUGCAGGAAGAAGAAAGGAAGCAGAAAAAUGCUCUUAAACCCAAAGGGUCCUCACUGCGGAGCCCACUUCCAAGUCAAUAAAAAGCAACUCUUGCCGCCUUUUCCCAGCCUCUCCCUAGCUUUCUUUUCUAUCACCUAGAUGCCUCAUCCCAGCCAGAAGAGAGCCUUUAAUGUUCCCCAUCUGUCUUCAGGACAAUAGAUCUUGGACACAAGGAAGAACAGGCUGUAAGAUCACUGCCUAGGAGGCUUGGCUCAGUGCCCUCACCCGUGCCUCCAUUCCAGUUCAGCUGAAUCUUGCUCUAGGCUUUCUUACUCCCUUCUUUGCAGGCCAUAGUACUGGCCCAACUAUGAGCAGUAGCUGCUCUAAACAUGACAAGGGGACAGCAGUUUUUCUGGUUUUAGCCAGGCACUCAAGCCUUUAACAGCCCAUGCACAGCCCAGGUCAUGUGCAGUUGGCAUCUAAUAAAUGUUUUGAUGAAAAAGG